AUGUCUGUUAAGGGCCGGUCCAGUGGCUGGUGGAUUCCAUUGAUGCUACUUUGUGUUAUUUUAAUACUCUCUUCAUCCUGUGUUGCUGGUUUUUCUAGGAAUGCUCCAUUGAUAUCUUCUGCAGUUUAUAAUGAAGUGAAUGGUCUUCUAAAGUGGAAAGCCAGCUUUGAUAAGCAUAGCCAAGCUCUCUUGUCUUCUUGGAAAGGUAAUGAUCCUUGCAAAUGGGAUGGAAUUCUUUGUGAUAAAUCCAAGUCCCUCUCUUCAGUAAAUCUUGCAAAUUAUGGACUCCAAGGUACACUCCACACUCUCAACUUCUCCUUAUUCUCCAACUUACACACUCUUAAUAUAUACAACAACUCCUUUGGUGGAACCAUUCCUCCCCAAAUUGGUAACAUGUCUAAAGUCAACCGCUUGAAUCUUUCUUUAAAUUCUUUUGAUGGUCCUAUUCCUAAAGAAAUGUGGACAUUGAGGAGUUUACGUGGCCUUGAUAUUUCCAUGUGUCAUCUAAAUGGAGCCAUCCCAAAUUCUAUAGCAAAUUUGGCCAAUUUAUCAAUUCUAAAUUUAGCAAGCAACAAUCUUUUUGGUUACAUUCCUCUGGAGAUUGGGAAAUUACAGAAACUGGAAUAUCUAGAUAUUGGAUAUAACAGCCUUUCUGGUUCCAUUCCUCAGGAAAUUGGAAUGUUAACAAACCUUAGGUAUAUUGAUUUGUCACGGAACACCAUCUCAGGUACUAUCCCUUCAACAAUUGGUAACAUGAGCAAUUUAAAAGAACUUUACCUUGAAAGAAAUACCCUCUUUGGGCCAAUCCCACCCUCCAUGUGGAACCUAACUAAUUUGUCCUCGUUCUUUCUUAAUGACAACAAACUUUUCGGAUCAAUCCCUGCUUUCAUAGAAAAUUUGGUCAAUUUGGUUUUCCUUGAAUUUUAUAACAACAACUUUUAUGGACCAAUUCCUUCCACUAUUGGAAACUUAACAAAGCUCACUGGAUUAGGCUUCGGCUUAAAUAAAUUUUCUGGGUCAAUUCCUGCUUCUAUAGGAAAUUUGAUCAAUUUGGAUACCCUCACUCUCCAAGGAAACAAUCUCUCUGGUUCUAUUCCUUCCACAAUGGGAAAUCUGAUUUUGCUCACCAGGCUUGGAUUGUCCUCCAACAAACUAAAUGGAAGCAUUCCAAAGGAAAUGAAUAACAUAACCAAUUUGUAUAACGUACAAUUAUCUGACAAUGAUUUCAUUGGCCAUUUGCCACCUCAAAUAUGCAUUGGUGGGUCACUAGCAUUCUUGGCUGCCGAUAACAACCAUUUAACAGGUCCAACACCGACAAGUUUGAAGAAUUGUUCUACUCUAACUAGACUCAGACUUGAAGAAAACCAAAUAAAGGGAAAUAUAACAGAAGAUUUUGGGAUAUAUCCAAAUUUGAAAUAUAUCGAUCUGAGUGACAAUCAAUAUUAUGGCCACAUUUCACCAAACUGGGGAAAGUGCCUUAAUCUUGAUAGCUUUAAGAUAUCAAACAACAAUAUUUCCGGUGGUAUACCACCUCAACUUGUUGAGGCAACCAAUCUAGGCAGGCUUUACCUUUUUUCAAACAACUUGAGUGGGACUCUCCCCAAAGAACUAGGGAAUUUAAAAUCAUUAGUUGAGAUUAAGAUCAGCAACAAUAAUUUUUGUGGAAGCAUUCCCACAGAAAUAGGAUUGAUAAUGAAUCUUCAACACUUGGAUUUGGCAGGAAAUGAGUUUAGUGGCACAAUACCAAAACAAGUUGUGAGGUUACCAAACUUAUUGGAAUUGAAUUUGAGCAACAAUAAAAUUGAGGGGAAUAUUCCCUCGGAGUUUAGCCAAUUGCAGCCUCUUGAAUCUCUUGAUCUCAGUAGCAAUCUUUUGAGUGGAACUAUACCAACUAUAAUUGGUGAAUUGCGGCGCUUACAAUUGUUGAACCUCUCGCACAAUCAUCUUUCUGGCAUUAUUCCUUCUAGUUUUGAUGAGAUGUCAAGCUUGAUUUCCGUUAACAUUGCUUACAACCAAUUAGAAGGGCCACUUCCCAAAAAUCAAGCCUUUCUUAAGUCAUCCACAGAUUCACUGAGAAAUAAUAAAGGCUUGUGUGGGAAUGUUACUGGUUUGAUGCAUUGCCCGACCAAUCACAAAUCAAAGAUUCACAAAGUGAUGCUACUGGUGCUAUGUCUUAUCUUACCCACUUCUAUAUUUUGUGGGGUGGGAAUUUCAAUAUAUAUUCUUUGUGGAAAAUGGAGAGAAAAACAAACUCAUGUUGAACAACAAACAGGAGAAUUAUUUUCAAUAUGGAGUUAUGAUGGAAAAAUAACUUUUGAAAAUAUCAUUGAAGCUACAGAGAAUUUUGAUGAUAAGUAUCUCAUUGCGGUGGGAGGGCAAGGAUAUGUUUACAAGGUUGAGUUGGCUGUUGGUCUCGUUGUUGCAGUGAAGAAACUUAACUCUGUAACAAAUGAGGACACAUCAGAUUUUAAAGCUUUUACAAGUGAAGUUCAAGUCUUAACAGAAAUCAAACACCGUAACAUUGUGAAGUUAUAUGGAUUUUGUUCACAUUCACGAUUCUCAUUUUUGGUUUAUGAGUUCUUGGAAGGAGGUAGCUUGGAUCAAAUACUAGACAAUGAAACACAUGCAAUGACAUUUGAUUGGAAAAGGAGGGCGAAUGUUGUCAAAGGAUUGGCCAAUGCUUUAUCUUAUAUGCACCAUGAUUGUUCACCUCCUAUAAUUCAUCUUGACAUAUCAAGUAAGAAUGUUCUUCUAGAUCUUGAAUAUGAAGCUCAUGUCUCUGAUUUUGGGACAGCUAAGAUUCUGAAGCCUACUUCAUACAGUUGGAGCCCACUUGCUGGCACCUUUGGUUAUAUUGCUCCAGAGCUUGCCCAGACAAUGAAAGUGAAUGAAAAAUGUGAUGUUUAUAGUUUUGGAGUACUUUCCUUAGAGAUUCUUAUCGGAAAGCAUCCAGGAGAACUUAUAUCUUCACUAUCAUCGUCAUUGGCUCAUGAUUUACUCUUGAUUGAUGUGUUAGACAAACGGCCUCCUCAUCCAGUAAAAUCAAUUGUUGGGGAGGUCAUCGUGAUAGCAAGGUUGGCAUUUGCUUGCUUGAGUGAAAAUCCACAUUCUCGCCCAACCAUGGAACAAGUAUCUAAAGAGUUGAUGAUGGGAACAUCACCUAUAGUAGAGCAGUUCCCUAUGAUGAGACUGGAACAACUACAGUAG